AUGGAUGAGCUUUUCGAAAUAAAGAAUUACUAUUAUCUUGGUAAUUAUCAAGCGGUUGUCAAUGAGGUCAAUAAGAGAUCGAAGCAAUUGCGUGCCAAACAAGAUGCAGAGUGCUAUAUGUACAGAGCGAUGAUUGCUCUCGGUGAUUGCGAUAUGGUAUUGAGAGAGAUCAGAGAGUCCGAAGCGAAUCCAUCGCUACAGGCCGUUCGUCUAUUGGCAUCUUACACUCAAUCGCCAAAUGCCAACGCUGAAACUGCAGUCGCCACCGUCAAGAAGUGGUUGACCGAUGGUGUUGACUACAACAACCCAAUCGUACAACUAGUUGCAUCAACUAUCUUCUACAACGAAUCAAACUAUGAAGAUACCUUACGUAUUCUUAACAAAACUGAUAAUUUAGAAUGUAUGUCAUUGCUAGUUCAAACAUAUUUAAAGAUUGAUAGAUUGGAUUUAGCAGAGAAACAAUAUGCACAAAUGAAAUCAAUCGAUGUCGAUGCCACUCCAUCUUUAAUUGCUUCUACAUGGAUUGCAAUCACUCAAGGAGAUGAGCAGGUAAAGGUUGCUUUAUCAGUAUUUGAAGAACUCUCUGAAAAGUAUGGACCAACUUCACUCUUGUUGAAUGGUCGUGCAACAUGUGAGAUCUUAUUGAGAAGAUUCGAAAAGGCAGAGAACUUGCUGUUGCUCUCACUCGAGAAGAAUUCAAAAGAUCCAGAUACCAUUGCAAAUUUAAUCGCUUGUUAUAUUCACAUGAAGAAACCAGUUGAAGUUACAAAUAGAUAUUUAAGUCAACUUAAAUCGACAUCACCUAAGCAUCAUUGGCUUGAGUCACAAUUACAUGCAGAACAAUCUUUUGAUAGAUCAAAAACUAGAUUCGAGAUAGUUCUCAACUGUCUUGGAAGUAUAUAUCGUACAAUUGCUUUCUCUUGUCUUGGAGUUGUAACUUUAAGAAUUGGAAAACAAAUUUGGAGACUUUGA